AUGGAGUUUCAGCAUUUGGGUCAUGAAAUGUCCGAGAUCGAACACCCACUUCACCCACGACACCGUCUCUCCCGCUGCCAUGUGAACGACUACAGUUACGAUCGUAGAUGCGAUGCCUGUGGCAGGUGGCCAGAAGGCUUCUGCUUUCGUUGUUCUAAAUGUAAAUUUACGCUCGAUAACGAAUGUUAUCGACUCACUCCAACCAAAAGCCUUGAUGGUGAUGAGCACCGGAUUCCACAUCUACACUAUAGUCAUUCCAUGAUUCUCUGCGAUGUAAUUGACAACAAUUUUAGUAGAUCCUGCUAUGCAUGCGGGCUACCCAUUGAUGAGAAUUCAGUCUAUGUUUGCCUUGAAUGCAAGUGCGUACUCCACAAAUCAUGUGGUGAAUUGCAACCAGAGAACUCUCAUCCCUUCCACCAACACCCUCUCCGACUCAUAAAAGGAGAGGAUGAUUUUGGUAACAGUCAACAACGCAAGGGCUCCAGGCGACCCAAGGAAUAUUAUUUCAAGUGCCAUGCCUGUGGAUACAAGGGGGGCUACUACUUCAGUUGUUCUGAGUGCAAGUUUGAACUCGAUCUUGUUUGCACUUCUUCAUUAACACCCACCACCAAAAACAACCAUGAAUUAGGUGGUCAUGAUCAAGAUCUUGGCCACCCGCAUCCCUUGAUGCUGUGUGAUUCAACCUUUGAUAAUUUUGUCCGUUCUUGCUCUGCUUGCACGUUGCCUUUUGAUCAGGGUUCAGUGAUCUAUGUUUGCCUUGAAUGCAAAAUUUUACUGCACAAAUUAUGCAUUGGCCGAUUGAAACCAAAGAUCAAACACCCCUUCCACCCGCAACACUCUCUCACCCUCGUCUCUCGACACCACCAUCAGUCAACGGUCUGUAAGGCAUGUGGAGGUACUUAUUUUGGCUGCACCUACGACUGUUCAAUUGAUGGUUGCGACUUCACUAUGCAUGCUAAAUGUGCUUCACUAGUCCCCACCAUAUGGUCUGAACUUCACGACCACCCUCUUGCUUUCUUCAACAAGAGCGAAUCUCACUACUUGGACUGCAGGGCUUGUACCGAAUAUAUCUAUAAAGAUGCUGCUUUCUUUUCUUGUGUGGAUUGCAAGUUUUUUCUCCAUGUCCAUUGCAAUCCAACACUACCCAAAACCAUCAAACAUGAAUGUCACAUACAUCCUCUCACGUUAACCGAUUCCCUGGUCAAAUACCAUCCUGAUGAUGGUGAGGAUGCAGAGCUAUACUGUGAUAUCUGCGAGGGAAGAAGAUAUCUACUUGACAGCACCUACUUUUGUGAUGAUUGCAAAUUUGUUGCUCAUUUCGACUGUGUACACCAUGAGGUUGUACGUUUACAAGAGGAGGAGAGGACUUUGGCCUGCAAAAAUCCUGUGGAUGCAAAGAUGUAUACACCAAUUGAAGUAAUUGAAGAGAAGAGUACAGAUGCUGUGGCUAGCAAUGUUUCAGACAUAAAGGGAACAGAGCAGGAGACCACCAGUUCAUCUUCAAGUGAAAAAGGUGGGGUAUACUCUGUCAGUCCUGAACUGGAAGAGGAGAUCAAGAUGCUUUGGGAAGAAGUAAAUCCACGGUUGACAAAAUUAGAGGCACUAAAUACCAAUUUAGAGGCACUUGAGUCAAUGCGUGCUACACGUUAUGCACUUCAAAACUCAGGUGACAAAUUGGAUCAAUCUACUGAAGGUAAGGAGUAG